CGCAGAAUUGGGUACAGUCAUUUACAGUUGUCAACAACAGUCCCAAGUUUUCUGUCCCGAGGUCUAAACUGUGUUCGGGAGGUUGUCACACUGAAUAUGUCAGCCUCAUAAACCUGUUUAGGAUUUCAGCUCACCGACGUCUUAGGAUAACCAAUGUCAGAUGUCCGUUGCCAUGUCUAGUCUGGAGAGCCUGCGGUCCUCUGUGUUUACCUUUGAGUCCUCCGUGCACAGCUGCCAUGUGCUGCGUUGUCUGGACGACCAGCGGAGGCGUGACCUGCUGUGUGACAUCACUGUGCUGGCCGAAGGGAGGAGUUUCAGGGCCCACCGUUCUGUGCUGGCCUCCUGCAGCGACUACUUCACACACAGGGUCUCCUCCCACGCACCACAGGGCCUUGUCGUCACCCUGCCUCAGGAGGUGACGGUGAGUGGCUUGGAGCCCCUGCUGCAGUUUGCCUACACCUCCAAGCUGCUCUUCAGUAAAGAUAAUGUCAUGGAGAUACGACACUGUGCCUCUAUUCUGGGUUUCAGGGAUCUGGACUCGGCCUGUUUCGACUUCCUCCUGCCCAAGUUCUUCAGCAGCAGUUCGGCCUCCUUCCAGAGGAAGACCUGCUGUAAGACACGGUGCAGGAGACAGUCCCCUGGGCCAGAGCUCAGCGACAUCGACACCAACAAGGAUGUCUUAGAUGAUGACAAAGGGGUCCGGGUGGUUUCUGAUUCGCCCGUUGAACAGGAUGUGGGUGGCCAACCAGCAAAUGGCGAGACGGGACGUGAAAGCAAAAAUCUCACCCCUCCUCCUGAAGCCGAUAUCCAAUCAGACGGCCAGACUGACUACUCCCUACAAUGCCCCAAGUACCGUAAGUUCCAGCAGGCUUGUGGGAAGGUGAGGCCGUGUGUGGAGAUCUGUGUCCCAGAAACAAACCAUGACUCCCCAGUGGUGAGAGAGGAGGGCUGCCCUCUACCCCUGCACCUUCCCACAUUCGUGCGAACCUGUUCCAGUGGUGGAGGAUUUAGGGAAGGUCCUGCGGUGGAGACGUCUUCUGGAGAAAACUAUUCACUUCUCUCACAGACACAGACUGACCAGGCAGGACAGGGAGAGGUGGAGCAGAGGACUGACCAGGCAGGACAGGGAGAGGUGACGCAGAGGACUGACCAGGCAGGACAGGGAGAGGUGACGCAGAGGACUGACCAGGCAGGACAGGGAGAGGUGACGCAGAGGACUGACCAGGCAGGACAGGGAGAGGUGACGCAGAGGACUGACCAGGCAGGACAGGGAGAGGUGACGCAGAGGACUGACCAGGCAGGACAGGGAGAGAUGACGCAGAGGACUGACCAGGCAGGACAGGGAGAGGUGGAUCAGAGGACUGGAGAAGAGGAUGAUGAGGAGAAGAGAGAGACGAAUGAGGGGAAGAGAAAGAUGGACAAGAGAAGGAGAGAGGCAGAUGAAGAGAACACAGAGAAGGAAGAGAGGAGGAGAGGAGAGACAGAAGAGAGGAGGAGAGGAGAGACAGAAGAGAGGAGGAGAGGAGAGACAGAAGAGAGGAGGAGAGGAGAGACAGAAGAGAGGAGGAGAGGAGAGAGGGCAUCUGGAGUUGACUGUCACAGCUCUAUCCUUCCUCUCGUGGAGGUGUCUAGUGGUCAGCUUGUCAGCUGUGAAGAGAGCCCAGGGUUGGGUACAGCACCACACCGAUGUCCCCUGGAGUCACCCGGGCUGGACAAGCAGAGCUCUGGAGGUGUGGGGGAAGGAGGUUGUGUUCUAGGGGGUAGAGGACACCAUGAAGGGAUAUAUCCAGCUGUCUCCUGCCUGCCACAGACAGAACAGGAGCAGGGAGAGAGAGCGAGGAGAAAGGUGGGGAGAAUGAGAGAACAUGGAAGAAGUGAAAGCGGAGAGAGGAGAGAGCGAGGAUGGGAAGAGAGGAGCAGCGUGGAAAGAGAGGUGGCUGAACACUUGGCCCAUGGCCCCUGGUCAGAGCUCCCCUCUUCUCCUGCCAUCCUCCAGGACUUCCCUGGGACUGAGUCUGGGAACCUCCGGAGCAGCAACCCCACCUUGGACUGGCUUCACCAGCUUGACAUCAGCUCCAGUACCGGGGACUGUCCCUUCCUCCACGGCUUGGACAGGGAGACAGAUGGAGGGACGGACAGAGGGACAGGGGAGGGGACGGACAGUGGGACAAAGAGCGCAACUGGGCUGGGGUGCGAGGGGUUGUCCCAGUUAGAGAAGAGUCCCUGUGUGUCGUCCCUGACAUCUGGAGACGAUGGAGACUCAGACUGCUUCGAUACGGAGGGAGACAGCGAGUCCUGUUCCUACAGACAGAGAGUCAGGGAGGUGCAGCUGCCGUUCUCUGUGGGUCGCAUCGUGGGGUUGAGCAGGAAUGACUUCCAGCUGAUGCUGAGGCACCAGACUCUGACCAGAGAACAGCUGGACUUCGUCCACGACGUCAGGCGCAGGAGUAAGAACCGUAUCGCGGCGCAGCGCUGUCGCAAGAGGAAGCUGGACUGUAUACACAAUCUGGAGCAUGAGAUAGACAAACUGAGGACCGAGAAGAACCAGCUGAUAUCAGAGAGGAGCCAUCUGAACCAGAUGAAGCUGAAUACUUGGCACAGUGUGUCCGCUCUUUGUCAGAGAGUCUGCAGCGAGGCCGCCCUGAGACCAGAACAACUCCAGGUCCUAGCCAAGUACUCCUCCCCAGACUGCCCGCUCUCUGCUCUCAUCUCCCCUACAGACCCAACCUCCCCUGGGCUAGGAGGACUACUACAAUCCCAGGCCUCUCCCUAGGCCUGCUCCUCCUCAGGCCUAGCCUCAGAAAACUGUCAGAACCCUUCAGGAACCUUUGGAAUCUUCGGAACCCUCGGCCAGCUGCUCCAGGGACACACCCACAGGGGAGGAGCUCUCAGGUGAUUGAACAAGCCCUCAGGUAUAUACAGCUGUGUGAUCAGUUGACUUGGAUGCCCUGCCCAUGGAUGAGUGUGAGUCUGGACACCUUCAUCAUCGUCAUCAUCACCAUUUCAUAGACUUUCUUCUACAGGCAAAGACACUGUGGUUGUGUUCCAAUUAUCUCUCCUUCCUCAGAGGGGGCGCUCGGUUACUCCCUAAAGCAUCAGAUUGGUGUAGGCACAGAGCAGGGAUGAAUGAAACAGGAGAGUAUUUUCCCACGGUUGACACGGUUACAUACAAGAUGACAGUAUUUCAACCACAUGAAAAUAUGCAGAUGAACUGACAUCUAACACCAGAGAUAAACUGUGUGUGUGUGUGUGUGUGUGUGUGUGUGUGUCUGUGUGUGUGUGUGUGUGUGUGUGUGUGUGUGUGUGUGUGUGUGUGUGUGUGUGUGUGUGUGUGUGUGUGUGUGUGUGUGUGUGUGUGAGGUGGAAGGUUUGUUUUUAAGAUGCCACAGGCCAACAGAAAUAGAGGAACACCUGUCAGUCUGUCUGUCGGGCAGCAGAGAAGAAUUACUGCAGUUAAACCCGGGGGGGUUGGGUAAAGUCUGUUCUGUCGGGAACUGUGUGUGUGUGUGUGUGUGUGUGUGUGUGUGUGUGUGUGUGUGUGUGUGUGUGUGUGUGUGUGUG